AUGAUAGUGAACUGCAGGACGUCGGAUGAAGUUAAGAUCAUGUUGCGAAAUCGUGACGGAUGUAGGUUCAGAGGAAAGUUCCCGUACCCUAGACUGAUCACAGCCAUGGACUACAAGCAAAAGGAGUUCGUAGCUCACACCAACAUCCAACAGGUGUUGGAGACUGCGUGGCUGGGCGAUUGGAUCGAGUGGAAGUCGUACUCGGCGACAUGGAAGUUGUUGUACUUGCUGAGGCGAUUCAUUAUGCUUCCGGUGACGGUGAUUUUGGGAAUGUUAGCGCCCAACUCAAAAAUGAAUCAAUUCAACCGGUUACCGAUUAACCGGAUGUUCAACAGCCUCGUCACAUACCUGGUGUUUCUCUGGCUGCUGUUCAGGCAAUCGAACGCCGACAAGUUCGAGACACGUAGGGGAGCUCCAGAACUGAGUACGUGGUUGCCCAUCGCUGUGUUCGUGGUUGGCCACGUGCUUGAGAAGUUGAAGCUAAGGCUGCAGCAGGGCCCGGAGCGGUUCUUCAAGAACCUGUGGAACGUGUUCGACACGGUUAAGUUGACGCUGUUCUCUUUAGCGUUCUUGUCCUGGAUAGCUGCCGCCUUAAAUAUUAUUACCCAGGGAUCCGACGACCUGGACCGCAAGUACUGGCCCUGGAUCGACCCACAGCUGGUUGCCGAGAGCCUGUUCACCAUGGCCACCGUCAUGGCGUAUCUGCGGCUACUGUUCCUGUGCCAGCUCAACUACUACAUCGGCCCCAUGCAGGUGUCCCUGGGCAAGGUUCUGCAUGACUUCGGCAAGUUCGCCACGUUUCUGUUGAUCAUCAUGGCGGCGUUCACAUGCGGACUGGGCACAUAUUAUUCGUACUAUGCGGGCAUGGUGCACAAGGACCCGGAGACGGGUGAAACCACGAGGCAAGAGGACUCGUUCAUCACGAUCGCUGACACGUUCAAGACUCUCUUCUGGGGCAUAUUCUGCAUGACCUCGCUGGAAGCGCCCAACGUGGUAGUCACCAACACGGUGGCUGCCACUGGCCAUAUCGACGCGGCCACGCAAUCGCACCAGUUUACACAGCUGGUGGGUUACGGGCUGUUCGCCGUGUUCGAGGUGCUCAUGGUUGUCGUCAUGAUGAACAUGCUCAUCGCCUCAAUGUCGGACACUUUUCAAGGCGUCACUGACAACGCCGAGUACGAGUGGCUGUUUGGCCGGACCGAGGUAUACGUCAGCUAUAUGCUGCUGAACGACAUGCCACCGCCAUUCAACCUGUUGCCCACAACCGGCCUGCUGUUUUGUGCCAAGCGGCUCGUGUCCAAAUCGUCGCGUGGCUACAGCCGCAUGCCGGGUGAUGACGGGAGAGGCGACUUGGACAGCCGCUCGACAGCCGAGGACCCUGAGUUCCGCCAGCUCAUGACCGAAAUCAUCAAGCGGUAUUUCACGAUGCGCAGGCCACUCGUUGACCGAUGA